UCAAGCCACGCCCACUAAGGAAAAUGGACAACUGGAGGUCAGGAGGAAUUAGGAAUGAAGGAUCUCAUCAGUACAGAGGAACAUCACCACGGCUCUCUAGCGUCCCAUACCAGUCUAGGAUACAGCCAUUACCAGUAUCAAGUGAAAUACCGCUGACCCCAGUGUGGGACCGUCAUACAUAUCCUCCAGCAGCUCAGACUUACUCUACAGGGGCAGUUGAGGUUCAUGGAAGGGAAUCCUCACCUGUUGAUAUUAAAUCAUCGUCAGGACGACACGUGACUCUUGAUAGAAUUGAAGAAAAGAUUAGUGUAGAUCACAUAAUAUUUGGAGCUAAAUUCUUACUUCACAGUUGUGUGACAUAUCCAUUUACUGUAUUCAGCCGUCAGUGUCAAGUAUGUAUUGCCAUGUGUAAAUAUUUAUAAUUUAUAAUGCUAAUUGGGUUGUUAUAGUGUACUUAGCCUAAGCAAUAAAUACAGUACAUUACAUUUAGAGCAACUUAAAAAUCAUAAAAGUCAAAAUUUAAUCUG